UACGGCGGGGCCUUUUACGGGGUCGCCUUUGGCCGUCCCUCGCAAUGGCCUUCUCCCUCUUAAUGGCUUCGAGUAAUGCCAUUGUUUCGGCUACCGACGAAGAACCAAACAUCUAUGCAUCACCUCCUCCACCAUCCCCUCCAUCUUAUUACUACAAAUCUCCCCCGCCACCCUCCCCCUCACCACCGCUACUAUUACUACAAGUCUCCGCCACCGCCUUCGCCAUCUCCACCGCCACCAUAUUACUACAACUCUCCGCCGCCGCCUUCGCCAUCUCCGCCACCACCAUACUACUACAAAUCUCCUCCCCCACCCUCGCCCUCGCCUCCACCUCCCUAUUAUUACAAGUCUCCUCCUCCCCCAUCUCCUUCUCCGCCUCCUCCAUACUAUUACAAAUCCCCUCCUCCACCUUCUCCUUCACCACCACCUCCUUACUACUAUAAAUCUCCACCUCCACCAUCGCCCUCUCCUCCUCCUCCAUACUACUACAACUCUCCUCCUCCACCAUCACCAUCACCUCCUCCUCCAUACUACUAUAAAUCUCCUCCACCACCAUCACCGUCUCUACCACCUCCAUACUACUACAGAUCACCUCCGCCGCCAUCUCCGUCACCGCCACCUCCAUACUAUUACAAAUCUCCACCUCCUCCAUCUCCUUCACCUCCUCCGCCCUAUUACUACAAAUCACCUCCGCCGCCAAUAAAAUCUCCACCCCCACCAUACUACUACAUCUCUCCUCCACCUCCGGAAAAAUCACCACCGCCAUAUUAUUACAUAUCUCCACCACCGCCAACACAUCACUACCCUCCUUUGAUUAAAGUGGUCGGACAUGUCUACUGCUUUAAGUGUUACAAUUGGAAACACCCAUUUGAUUCCAGCCACAGGAAGCUUUUCAAAGGAGCCGUGGUCAAGGCAACAUGCAAGGCCGGCGAGAAGGAGUACAUCGGUUAUGGAAAGACCAAGGCAUAUGGCAAGUAUAGCAUCAACAUAGAGGGAUAUCCUUACGGGAAAUAUGGAGCCGAGGGAUGCAAGGUUAAGCUCCAUGCAGCUCCUAAAGGCUCCAUUUGCAACAUCCCCACUAAGAUCAAUAAGGGAUCACCUCUAAAGGUUGAGCACAAAUCCGAUCAUGAGAUCAUCCUCAGGGCUAAAUCUCUUGUUUUUGCUCCAUCCCCACACAAGUAUUAUGAGGAAUGCAAGAAGUCCUACCACCACUCACCACCACCA